AUGUCAAGCGCAAUACCUCACCCUCCAGGAUAUCCUUUUCCCGGAAACAUCCUUUCGCUCGAUGGAAUGCUUACUUCAUUCACAGAAGUCCCUACUCACGGAUAUCACGGACUGGCUCAAAAAUAUGCCUCAAUAUACCAGCUCAACCUCCUUGGUCGGAAGGUCAUUUUCGUCAGUUCAUACACUCUCGUGAAUGAGCUGUCCGACGACUCUAGGUUUCAGAAGUCAGUUGGCGGCGCACUGAAAGAGACAAGAAAUCUGAUUCACGAUGGAAUAUUCACGGCUUUUGAUGGAGAAUCAAGUUGGAUCACUGCGCGUAGGUUGAUCGGUCAGUGCUACCCACCUGAUCUUUACCUUGCCCACCAUUUGCUCGUACAGGACAUGAGGGAAAUAUGCGACCAGAUGAUAUGCAAAUGGGAUGGCCCGGGUGCUAUGCCCACGGAAUCCAUUAUCGAUCCGAACGAUGACCUCACUCGAGUCGCGUUAGAUACUAUAGCUCUAUGCUCCAUGUCAUACAGGCUGGAUUCAUUCGCAAACUCGCAGCCACCAUUUGUACAAACAAUGGUAGACUUCCUUCGUGAAUGUAACGACAGGGCAAACCGCCCUUGGAUAAUCCAAAUGUUUAUUAACAUUACAGAUGGAAAGCAUCAACCAGACGUCGAGAAGAUGAGUAAGAUAGCUCAUUCUAGUACCUUCCCGGUUCUUCAGUAUCGCAAAGUCAAUCCAAUUGAUAGAAAAGACAUGUUGAAUGUUAUGCUUAACGGCCGAGAUCCUAGGACAGGAGCGCGAAUGUCCGACAAUAGUAUCAUUGAUAAUGUAGGUCACCCUCUAUCAAAUCUGUUGAGCGCCCUUCGAAUUGAUUCUUCCUGCAUCAGGAACGAUGUCGUUCGCCUUGUCAAACACCCUCUGGUCAUGAAGACGCACAGUAUCUUAGGCGAUCAACCUGCCCAACUCGGUGAUUUAACGCGGAUGGAGUAUUUGCACGCAGUCAUCCGGGAAAGUAAGCGUCUGCAACCCACGGCGGCAAUUCGAGCCGUUUACCCUCUCAAAAACACGGUGAUUGGGGAUGGAAAAUAUUUCAUCGUGAAGGAUACACCUAUCGCACUCCAGAUAUGGGAUCUUCAUCGAGAUCAGGCAGAAGAAUUCAAACCCGAGCGGAUGCUUAAGGGAAACUUUGAAUCGUUGCCGCCCAAUGCAUGGCAACCUUUUGGAUUCGGCAUGAGAAGCUGCAUAGGGAGAGCAUUUGCAUGGCAAGAAAUGUGCAUCGUCCUGUCCUCCAUUGUACAACGAUUCGACCUAGCAUUGGCCAACCCCUUGUAUGAAUUGCAGAUUACACAAGCCAUCACAAUUAAGCCGAAAGGAUUCCGCGGAGGAGUUCGAAGUAAGCCUGUGAAGCUUCGAGUGGUAUCGAGUGGUAUUGACAAUAGAAACAGUAGGUGGAACAGCCAACUUCCAGUUCUCUCAGCCUCCAUUCGUGAAUCUGUCGUCUCGAUAGCACGUCUUCGCCCUGAUCAUGCGACCAAACUCACGUUAUCAAGAACCUGGGUGCACUGUGGUAAAAAGCACACAGACGUUACUGCCUGA